CUCGUCCAACCCCCACCACCCGCCGGCCAACAAGGGACAGCACCAGCCAAAGAAGGCACACCAGGAACAAGGCGGACAGCGAAGGGAUGACCGUUCAUGGCGUCCAAAGUUGGAGGCACAACGCAUCCCCCUCACCCACCCGGUGAGCGUCGUCCUCGACCACGCCGAGGCGCAGGGCCUCAUUGUGAAGGACCCCAGGUCGGAGGAGGAGAUAUUUGCGGUCCACAAAGGAGGGACAUACUGCAAGUACCACCGCCAGACAUCCCACAAGACCGAAGAUUGCACCACCCUGAAGAGGCACAUCGACGGCCUCAUCCGACAGGGGGAACUUUCCCAAUUUGUCAAGGGUGCCCCCAAGAGUAACACUUGGGUUAACCCUGGCAAAAGGGGGGAAGGAUCCUCCGGGAAGAAGAGGGAGAUCGGCGCCCUCAGUGAAGAUGAGGAGGAAGAGGAGCCCCGCCAGAAAAAGCAUCACAUUCACAUCAUCGUCGGCGGAAACACAGGGGGGGACUCGGCUACCCAACGGAAAAAAUGGGCUCAGUCCCUAUACGUUGGUGAGGUGACCCACGCUCCCCCUCAGCCGAAGCGGCGGCAUUUGGAAGCCAUCACUUUCACCGACAAGGACCUCCCCUUCGGCCCCUUGCCCCACAGGGACGCCCUCGUCGUCAAAUGCGAGAUUGGCAACAACAUCAUCCACCGCAACUACAUCGACACUGGCAGCUCCGUCAAUGUGAUGUACGUUGAUACAUUCAGACAGCUGAAGCUGAAGAAGACCGAGCUCCGGCCGAUACGGACUCCGUUAUCCGGCUUCACCGGGGACUCUAUCGACGCCGAGGGCACGAUAGUGCUUCCCGUUGUGGUCGGUGACGGUACCUGUCAGGCGAAGAUUGACAUGGAGUUCGUGGUCGUCAACCUGGACAGCGCCCAUAACAUGAUUUGGGGACGACCGGCCUUGGAGGACCUUGAGGCCAUCAUCUCCAUGAGACAUCUAUGCCUCAAGUUCCCCACCAAGGACGGCGUCGGCUACGCCAGAGGAAACCAGAAGAUAGCCAGGGCUUGCUACCUGAGGCUCACAAGAAAGAUUAAUGAGGCCGAGGAGCGGAUAGACACUAUCACCACCGCCUCGGCCGAAGAAGACACACCGAAGGCUGAACCGGUCGGAGACGUGGAAGACGUUCCGUUGGACGUCUCCCGGCCGGAACGCACGCUGAAGAUUGGGACACAGCUCCCCCAACAGUUCCGAAGGGACAUCCUCUCUGUCCUGAGAGCGUACGCCAUCGUCUUCGCAUGGGGACCAGAGGACAUGCCGGGCAUCAGCCCGAAGGUAAUCACACAUCGGCUAUCGGUGAACCCGGCCUCCUCCCCCAUCAAGCAGAAGAAGCGCUACCUCUCAGCCGACAGGAGGGAAUUUGUCAAAGCCGAGGUAGCCAUGCUGCUCUCCAUCAAGCACAUAAGAGAGGUGAAGUACCCCACGUGGUUGGCGAACGUCGUCCUCGCACCAAAACCGCCCACGUUCAGAAUGUGUGUUGAUUACACUGACCUGAACAAGGCGUGCCCGAUGGACCCAUUCCCUCUCCCCAACAUUGAUCAGUUGGUGGAUGAGACGGCGGGAUGCGAGUUGAUGUCGUUCCUCGACGCGUUUAGAGGGUACCACCAGAUAUCCAUGCACGAAGAUGACGCGGAGAAGACUGCUUUUAUGACCCCGGAGGGAAUUUUUUGCUACCUCGUCAUGGCCUUUGGGCUCAAGAACUCCGGCGCCACCUACACAAGGAUGGUAGCCCGGAUUUUUAGAGCAGUCUUAGGUCGGACGAUGGAAGCAUACGUCGACGAUAUGAUCGUCAAGAGCAAACAAUCCACAACUCAUGCCGACGACCUCCGGGGCAUCUUUGAGAUCAUGAAGAAAUACAACCUCCGACUCAACCCGAAGAAGUGCACCUUCGGCGUCCAGGGAGGUAAAUUCUUGGGGUACCUGGUCAGCCGAAGGGGCAUCGAGGUGAACCCAGAAAAGAUACAAGCCAUUAUCAACAUGGAGCCGCCCCGCAACAUAAAGGAGGUGCAACGGCUGACGGGACGCCUCGCGGCCCUGAACCGUUUUCUCUCAAAAUCCGCUGAGAAGUCUCUCCCCUUUUUUCAAAUAAUGAGGAAGGCCACCAGCUUCAAAUGGACGACGGAGUGCCAGCAAGCCUUUGAGGAGCUGAAGCAAUAUCUCGCCUCCCCACCCGUCCUAUCCAAGCCCCAACCCGGCGAGACUCUCUUCCUUUACUUAGGAGUGAGCACGUCGGCCGUCAGCUCCGUACUCAUCAGGGAGGAUGACGGGGUACAAAAAGCUAUAUUCUACGUCAGCAAGACGUUACGAGAGGCUGAGCUUAGGUACUCCCCCAUUGAGAAGACAGUGCUGGCCAUCGUCCACACGGUGAAAAAACUUGGGCACUACUUCCAGGCUCACCCCGUCCACGUCCUCACGCAUCAGCCGUUGGGAGCCCUCAUGAGGAGCCCAACCAGCUCUCCAAGAAUGAUCAAAUGGGCGAUAUUCCUGAGCCAGUACCAGAUUGAGAUCAAGCCGAGGCCAUCCAUCAAAGGGCAAGCCUUAGCUGAUUUCGUCACAGAGUGCACGGCAAGGGAGACGGCCGUUACCACCACAGGAGCUGAAUCGGACGACGCCUGGACCCUCUACACGGACGGGUCCUCGGCCACCAAAGCUUGUGGGGGUGGCGUCGUCCUCAUCUCCCCGGAAGGUUUCAGGGCGUACUACGCCAUUCGCUUCAACUUCAAAGUAUCCAACAAUGAGGCCGAGUAUGAAGCGCUCCUCAGCGGACUCAGACUGGCCGCCGGCCUCAAAGCACGCCACGUCAGAAUCAAAUGCGACUCCAAACUCGUAGUGAGCCAGAUGGAGGGUUCCUACGAGGCCAAAGAAGGGAGGAUGAAGCAAUACAAGGAGGCCGCUGCGGAAUUGCUCAAGGCGUUCGAUACCUACGAGAUCACUCAGAUCCCAAGGGCGGAGAACGCCGAGGCCGACAUCCUCUCCAAACUCAGCUCCGACACCCCGGAGCACAUCUCCAAGAUAGCUAAGGUGGAGGAGUUGAGCAUGUCAAGCAUUCACGCUAGCCCCAUACUCUCCAUACAACACCAACCGGAGGACUGGAUCACUGACAUCGCAACCUACAUCGCUUCCGGCACACUACCUGAAGACGAGGAGAGGGCCAAACUCGCCAAACUUAGGGCGCCAAGCUAUGUCAUUGAGGGUGACAAGCUCUACAAAAGAUCAUACAAUGGCACCCUCCUCCGGUGCCUCCACCAGAAUGAGGCCGAAGUGGCCAUGGAGGAAGUCCACUGCGGUGUAUGCUCAUCGCACCAGGGACCCUUCAGCAUGUCGCGUCGCCUCGUCGUCCAAGGCUACUUCUGGCCGACGAUGGCACGCGAUUGCGCUGAAGUCGCCCGCAGAUGCAGCGCAUGCCAACACUAUCAAAGAGCACCUGGCCGACCCGCCGUCAACUACGCCCCGGUCAGCACUGCCAUCCCAUUUUCCAGAUGGGGCAUCGACCUCGUCGGCCCGCUACCAAGAGCCGCGGGGAACAACAGAUACAUCAUCGUCGCCAUCGAUUACUUCACCAAAUGGGUCGAGGCCGAAGCACUUGCAAGCAUCACCGGGGCACGGUGUCGAAAGUUCGUCUACAAGAACAUCCUCACCCGCUUCGGCGUGCCUCAGGAGAUCAUAUCAGACAACGGCACCCAGUUUGAGGCCGAACCGUUCCAAAGCCUCCUCCAAGAAUGGGGUAUCAAGCACCGUUUCUCCUCCGUCGCCUACCCCCAGGCCAACGGGCAAGUUGAGAACGCCAACAGAACCAUCUUGGAGGGGCUAAAGAAGAAACUCGAGGAAGAAGGCGGAAGUUGGGUCGACGAGCUCCCCAACGUCCUAUGGUCCUACCGCACAACGCCGAGGAGGGCCACCGGGGAGACACCCUUCUCCUUGUGCUACGGCUUCGAAGCCAAGGCUCCCACUGAGGUGACGCUUCCCAGCCGACGGGUCACACAAUACGACCCCGAAGCCAAUGAAGAAGCCAUGAAGAUUGACUUGCACCUCAUUGAAGAAAGACGGGAGAUAGCUUACCUUCGGGCAGAAAACUACAGACGCCAAGUCAAAUCCUACUAUGACGCCAAGGUACGCUCCCGCGAAUUCCAAGUGGGGGACUACGUCCUCCGCCGAAGGGAAGCAAGCAAGCCGACGAAAGGAGGAAAGCUCGCCGUCAAAUAUGAAGGGCCCUACAUCAUCAGCGCCGUCAUCAAAGCCGGCACUUAUAGACUAAAGAACCCUAAUGGGUCAGAUGUACCACGAUCGUGGAAUGUACACCACCUGGUGAAAUUUUACCAAUGACUCGAGAAGCGGUGAAGCGGGCAACGUCCCCCACCACUCGGCUUAGUGGUUGAAUAAAACACCCCCGGCCUAGCGCCAAUUAUUGAAUAAAAUUCAUGUUUCAUCCAAUCUUUUAAGAUUUGAAGGGAAACCUAAGGACCGCAUCGGCCUAAGUGGUGCAAUCACCCGGGUCCGAUGCGACCUAAAGCCGUCGCAAUAAACGACGCACCCAAAGCCGUUGCAAUAAACAACGCACCUAAAGCCGUCGCAAUAAACGACGCACCCAAAGCCGUUGCAAUAAACAACGCACCUAAAGCCGUCGCAAUAAACGACGCACCCAAAGCCGUUGCAAUACACAACGCACCUAAGGCCGUUGCGAUCCACAACGCGCCUACUAAGCCGUUGCAAUAAACAACGCACAUAAAUAUCGUAUCGGCACAAGCGGUGAAAUACCCAAAUCGGCCGGCGAUAUGCAGGACGAAGGACCUGUGUGCAUGGUCCAACGUCUUCAAAACGGAGAAGCAUACCGCGUCGUCCGCGCGGAAACCGCAGGACGACAAGCCUGAAUUAAGGCUGAGGUUACAAAAACUCCACCCGUCAGUAAAAUUUCGCUCAGGACCACAAAGGGCGGCCGUCAUAAGACGAUGCCUAGUCCGGUCCCUCGUCGACGAUAGACGUGGAAAGGCAAAAAAGAUGCCACUGACACCAAGCCGAGGGCGUAUUUACUCCCUCGCACUAAUCCACGCGAAAAGCGUAGCGGACAAAAUACCGCACAUGGACGAAGGGACAUUAACCCUUCGGCUACAAAAAAAAAAAAAAAAAAAAAAAAAAAAAAAAAAAAAAAGAGGGAAGCCGACGGACCGCGCAGUCGCCGGCCUCGAGCAAGAAAUAAAAUCCCCACAAAAACCAAGCCUUAAAAUCGGCUAAGUACAUAUCAGGUUUUCACUAUACAAAGAUCCGAAGUGCAUGCUUCGACCCCAACCAUAGCUUCACAAAAGGAAAUCGCUUCGGCUUCGGUUAUACAAGACCACGGUCCAUUAUUUGGACGAAGGGGCGCAUCGUCUCCGCGUAGCAAAACCCAAGUGAACGAACCAAGGUAAAACAGCUCCAUCAAGGCAAGCUUGACACUUAGAACAUUUUCUAAGUCACACUACAAGAGAGACGAUGCGUUACCAUUCUAUAUCGGGGUACCGCUUCGUCCUCAACACUUCAAGACUAAGCCCCAAAACUUGAGGCGUGGACAAGAUCCGCCAAGGAAGAAAUAAAAAUUCACUAAGGGACGAGGAGACGCAUCGUCCCCAAGGACAGUAAAGGCGAGAAAAUCGCUACGUCUCAAUCAAGGGACGCCAACGACCUCGAGACACAGCCUUGACACUUGGAAAAAUUUUACAAAGAAC